AUGGCAAGCAACGAAUCUCGUGACAACGCCCCCAAUGUGGCCGACGAAACAAUGGCAGACUAUAACCGCGUCAACGAACAAGGCGAUCCCGAAGGCCCUCCCAAAUCCGAAGAGGAAUACGCUCAGUCUAUGCUGACUCUUCGCGCCAUUGUUUCCUCCAAGGAAGCUGGUGUCAUCAUCGGUAAAGCGGGCAAGAACGUAGCAGACCUGCGCGAUGAGACUGGAGUAAAGGCUGGUGUUAGCAAGGUUGUACAGGGAGUCCAUGAUCGUGUCUUGACCGUGACUGGGCCGCUUCAGGGUGCUGCUAAGGCAUAUGCCAUCGUCGCCAAGAGUUUGCUAGAGGGCGCUCCUCAGCUUGGAAUGGGUGGUGUCGUCUCAAAUAAUGGCACCCAUCCCGUUCGUCUCCUCAUUUCUCAUAAUCAAAUGGGUACCAUCAUCGGUCGCCAAGGCUUAAAGAUCAAGUAUAUUCAAGACGCCUCCGGAGUCAGAAUGGUCGCACAGAAAGAGAUGCUGCCACAAUCCACUGAACGAAUUGUCGAAGUUCAAGGCACCCCUGAAGGAAUCGAGAAGGCCGUGUGGGAAAUUGGCAAAUGUCUUAUUGACGACUGGCAACGCGGAACUGGAACUGUCCUCUAUAACCCAGCUGUUCGCGCCUCAGUAGGCGGGGCACCUAUCAACAACUCGCUUGGAUCUGGAGGGUCCUCAGGCGGAUAUGGCGGGCGUUCCUACAACCGAACCGGGAAUGGUGCUGAUUUCAGUGACCAAACUGGUGGCUAUAGUAGGCGCUCCAACUCCGACGCGGCCAAUCGCGGCAUUCCUCUUGUGACUGAAGAUGGUGAAGAGGUCCAAACCCAAAACAUCAGCAUUCCUUCUGACAUGGUUGGCUGUAUCAUUGGUCGAGGUGGAAGCAAGAUCAGCGAGAUCCGAAGGAGUUCUGGUGCUCGUAUUUCCAUCGCCAAGGCGCCACAUGACGAGACUGGCGAACGUAUGUUCACCAUCAUGGGAAGUGCGGCUGCCAACGAAAAGGCUCUUUACCUCCUGUACGAGAACUUGGAAGCCGAAAAAAUGCGUCGCAGCCAGCAACCCCAAGAGUGA